UUCGCUUCAAUAUUCACCUUCACGUUAUUUCAAUGAUCACUUCAACAUUCUCCUUCACAUUGCUUCAACCUUGAAAUUAAAGUUUGACGAAGAAAAGCUCGAAAAGCAACGUCAAGAAAAAUUUGAAUAA